GUCAAAAAUUUUGAUGAAGUAGAUCAAAUUUGGGUUUAGUGCAAAUUUUAGUGUUGAAAAUGGAAAUUCAUUUGUCUCUAGCAAGGUCGAACUCAAUGAUUGAAUGAUUCAUCCAGGUUCACAUAAUAUAAUCAACAGAAGUAUCUGAAAAAAAAGAACAAGAACUAUGUCUUCGUCCUCUAAGAUGCAUCGUAUCGUCCCUCGGAGCAGGUCUUGCUCCUCUGCCUCAUAUCGGAGCAUUGGGGCUGCAACCUGGUGUGCGUCUGCUCCCAGCUCAUGCUCAUCAGUGUAUCAUGGGUAUGCAAGUUGUAGGAGCAGCCUCGUAUCAUCAUCUGGAAAUGGAAAUACGCCCUACAACCAUUCAGGAGAAUCUCGACGCUACUAUGCAGCCUAUAGUGAUUCCUCUGAUCGACGACUUGCGAUUCGAGAAAAGAAAGGCAUCGAGAUAUUAGAGUACUUUGGGGAAAAUGCCGAUAUUGAUAUCUCGACACUGCAGGAAGCUCUGAAACGAUUAGGACAGGAUACCCAGUCGCCGGAAGCGAUAACGCAAGUAGCGAACGAACCCCGUUUUCACACGCUGCUUGGCAAAAUGAAAAAGAAAGUGGAGGAGGUAAUAUGUCAUUUGGACAACUAUAAAAAUGUGCAUCUGUGGCGCUGAUCUCGCAAGACAUUACAAGUUGUGGUCUUCUUGGACAAAGCUGCAUGUUUUAACGAUAUCCCACGAACUAUCAAGGAAACUUUCUCCACCCACCUCGUCUACAACUACAGGGCAACCCCGACGCUUUAACCCUAGCCAAAAUAGCGGAUUCGAUUGGGAAAUUGCGUUUUUCUACUCCUGAACUAGAGGAUUUGACAGCAACGGUCGCAACCGCAGUGAAGCAAAGGCCAAAUGCUUUCUCACCACGGAAUUUGUCGCAAUUGUUAAGGCGAGUGUCGUUCAUGAUAUUGCUAUUGGUUGUCAAUGGGAUUUAGUCGUGUGAAGAACACUUACACUCUCAUGAUCUCUGAGUAGUGUUAUCUUGGUAACUUGCUAUUUUUCAAGUUUAUUACUCUACUGCAUCUGCAAGAAACAAGAUGCAGUGUCCUAAUAAUAUCACGAGCUGUUUGCUCACUCCCUCUAACCCAAGCUCUCGCCUUAAGCGCGCGCAAAUUGCAGGAUCCUGAUCUAGUGGAAUUCGUGAGAAUGGAGACUUUGAAGUGUGUCCAAGACGUAGAGCCAGCUCACGCCAACGCGCUCUUAGAAGCUUUCAGGCGAUGGGGCUUCUUCGACCGCAGAAUGCACGACAUGAUCAUCGAAAGGAUGACGGAUGAAGUGGACAGGUUCUCCAGUAGGGACAUCUGCGAUGCUUUGAAGGUAAUAUAUAAGACAUAGCAGUGUUGAUGACAAUUACAUUUACAACAACUUUUCUUGCUAUCGAAGUAGUGAAGAGAAACUCCUAUACUUUAGGCUACCAAGCGAGCAUCCUCAACAUCAUCCCUGCCUCAUUUUCAAGAGGGAAAUGGAUCCAGGGCGGAUGGUAGUUCUAAUAUACCCAGGAAUCCCCUCCUCAACAUCCUCCUCUAGGUCCUCUCUGAUCUGGGUUUGGUUCGCGGUUUCCUUCUGCGACGAUUAGCGCAACUCGCUUUCGAGAACUUGCGCGUUUUCACGCCGAAACAACGAGUUGGCAUCACGUAUUCACUGGCUAGGUUGAGGUUCCUGGUGAGGAUGAACAUGGACGACGUGUUGGACCACUUGCGUGACGACCUAGAGGAAAACGCGCUUUCCGCCGCUGAUGUUUCCAAGUUAUUCUUUUCGAUCUCGAUGCUGCAUCCCGAGUUCGACGACCACGCUUUGGUCAAGGACCUAGCUUCACGCUUUUUGGAUCAGCAUCGGAAGCAAGUGGUUUACAUGAUUCAUCUGAUCGAUGCCGCAUGGGCGAUUGUGAGGUUUAAGCACGUUUUCGACAAGGAUUGCUAUGCAAAGAGGGUCGAAGACCUGUUCUCAAGGAUUUUCUCAAUGCCAGUGGCGAGAAACCGGGUGUUGUUGGCCAAACUUUUCGAAGUAGUGCACUCACUGGAGCAAGAGGAGUGGAGAAUUUUUCAAAAAAGCAGUAUUGGUGCAGCUGAAGACGAGAGUAUUGCUGGUUCUGACUCUGACAGCUCCUCGACUGCAUCUUCUACUUCUCCAUCAUCUGCUGCAAAUAAGAGUAAAGGCGGGAAAAAUAAGAAAGAUAAUUCGAAAAUUAUGGCCACGACUGCUGCAUUUUCUUUUUCAUUUUCAAUCUCAGUAUGCUCAUGAUCCCCAGAUUCCUUUAAUUAAAAAGAUCUUGAACUUUAGUACUGCAACAACACCUGCUACUCGAGUAACUACAAUAAGGAUACUAGUCCUAAGAAUAGCCAGUGAAGCGAACAAAGCCAUUUCAAAUACCUCUAAUCUGCACACCUCCCUCACUGGCUUCGCAUUACAGCAACAACGAGUCGCUGCCCUCGGAAAGGGCGGUAGUUUUAAGCAGUGGAAGAUCGCUGCAGAUGAGACAGACGGUGUUGCACAAUCGAAAAACGAAAGCUCCCGCUUACAUGCAGAAUUGGUGAUGAAGCUGGAGCAUACGUUCCAUAGGAGAAGACUGCAUCUAGUGCAAAAUCAGCUAGUGGCGAAUUGCUUCCGGGUGGAUAUCGCUGAACAACGCACCAAGCUUGUCGUGGACAUUGACGCGCCAAAUCGAGCUGUGAACCGUGUGGUGAAGCAUCGGAUUUUGGCGAAGCUGGGCUAUUCGCCAGUCCAGGUCUCCUACUGGCGUUGGAGACAAUGCAAGAGUGAUGAGGAGCAAGCGGCGCUACUCGAGAAAAGUGUGGGCGAGAAGUUGCCGAGUGUGGCGUCGAUGGAAGGAGGUGGCGAAUAAUGGAGGACGGUUGUUCCCCAAAUCCAAGACGAGUGGUCCUCUGCAUAAAGACAUUUACAGCAUAAAGUUUGAAGAUACAGCUUUAUCGUGAAGAUGUGAAUGCAGUCAAGAACAGUAAAAGCGAGAUAGAACAACAUGAUAGCUUGUCGACCUGGUGCAAGGAUUCCUGCUCCCUAAUAUCGAUGGUAUCUUCGAUGUUUUUUGACAGUUUGAAAGAAAUCUGACGACAAAACAAAAGUACCAUGAGCAUGACGUAGAUGUUUCUUGAGUGACACUCACCAUGAUAUUUGAAGAAAGUUCUUGAAGUCGAUGUCUGGACUCGUAUUAUCAAUCUGUAUUGAGAGUCCAUUACAUUUGUCUUACAGUGUUAGUUGACGCGCUACACUGGCAUGUCUACUUAAUUGCUG